AUGUCGUCAACAGCGGACCUUUGCGGCACUUAUCAGCUGAAGAACGAGGACCACACUCUGGGUAACUCCGUACGAUAUGUCCUUGCUAAGAAUCCCAAGGUUGAUUUCGCGGGGUAUUCCGUCCCUCACCCCAACGAGCCCUUCGUGAAUAUACGUGUUCAGACCUACCCUGGCAUGACGGCUGAUGAGUCUAUGAUCUGGGCUCUAGAGGAGUUGGAUGUCAUGUUCAAUACCAUUCAAAAGAAUUCCUGCGUGUUCAUCACGUACAUGCUGGUAUUCCUGAGAUAUGCUGCUGAGAAGAGGAUGACAAUUCUCUACUACCUUGGCUUGGUGGUUUGCUAUUUGCUCAUUAUGUGCUGUUCCUUGCUCUUUUCUAGUGAUGCUAGUAGUACAUUGGGGAGCUUUUGCGUCUUCGUGAACAUUUUGAUGUAUGCGUCCCCGCUUGCUGUGUUGAAGACGAUCAUCGAGACUAAGGAUUCGUCGUGUAUGCCACCGUUGUAUUCGCUUGGCGGAUGGCUCGCGGCGAUCGUGUGGUUUGGUUAUGGUUUCUUCACAGGGGACAUGCACAUUAUGAUUCCUAAUGCUGCUGGAGUGGUUCUGGGAGCUACUCAAAUGAUCAUCUGGUUCAUCUAUCGUGUGCCUAAGGAUCAGAAGAAGAAUAAAAGGGUACGCAUCGUGAGUGAUGAUGUGAAGCCUGGUCAUGAUGUGGUUCAUCACGUUGAGUCUGAAGCCACGGUGUGCAGUGUGGAUUAUCUCCAACUUGAUCCUUAA